AUGGCCGAACCAGCGGCACACCGGCCGCCGGCUAUGGAGGCCGAUCCCGGCGCGUCGGCUGGCCAUUCGGUCGGAAACUUGGCUGCCGGUGUCGCCCAGAUAUGGGCUUCCUCGUCGGCCGGCGCGUGCGUGGUCCCGUAUUUGAAUCUCCAAAGCUGUAACUUCACUGGCUUGAUUCCAGCAUCGCUGGGGAACCUCAUGGAACUAAGGCAUUUGGACCUUUCAUCAAAUAGUUUCAAUGGUCAGCUUCCUUCUUCUCUUUCUAAGCUUCACAAAUUAACCCACCUAAUGCUCGAAGGUAAUCAACUUAGUGGACAUGUUCCUAACAUAUUUGGUAACCUUAGAUCUUUAACUGUUUUGUCUCUAGGUUGGAACAAGUUCGAAGGCCGAUUGCCUCAGUCAAUUUUUAAUCUAACUUGGCUUAAUCUCUUGCAUUUUCCAUACAAUCAACUUGUAGGUGACAUUUCUAGUCAAGUAGUUUCUCUUCCAAAUUUGAUGAAACUUGAUUUAUCAUCUAACUCACUGAAUGGAACAGUACCAUGUUUUGCCAAUAUGUCAUCUUUAAGAGUUUUGUCUCUUGGAAAUAAUAAGCUACAUGGCCAAAUUCCUAGCUCAAUCUUUGAACCUAACAUUGAUUCCAACUAUUCCUUGCCCAUGCUUACUGCAGUGUAUUUGUCUUCUAACAACGUUACUGAAUUCCCGCACUUCUUCAGAGCCUUAGGAAAUUUACAACAUUUGGAGAUUUUCAGCUGUCAAAUGCAAGGGAAUGUUCCCAAAUGGCUGUCCAAUAUGGGGAAUUUGCAAUAUUUGGAUCUUUCAGGUAACAAGUUGACAUCUUUAAAGCAAAUUCCAUGGAAUAACUUGUUCUAUCUUGACCUCCAAUCCAACAUGCUACAAGGACCAAUUGAACUUCCUCCACCUUUUAGUAGCAUUGCCUUUUUGAAAAUCUCAGGUAAUAAACUGACAGGUGAGAUCCCACUUUCAGUUUGCAAUCUGAGUUACCUUCAAGUCCUUGAUAUAUCCAAUAACAGCAUGGAAGGCAAAAUUCCUCAAUGUUUGGGAAACUUGACUAAUAAAGCUCUUUCAGUGUUAAACCUGAAUAUGAAUAGAUUUCACGGCACCAUCCCCUCAACCUUGCAAAAAGAAGUAGGUUGA